AUGACCUCCGAUUCGCGCCCCAACGGGGACAUCGGCGACGCCGACGACGCCGUCAAACUCAAGCGUAAAAUUACAUUGUUGAAUGGAGUCGCGCUCAUUAUCGGCACCAUCAUCGGUAGCGGCAUCUUCGUUUCACCUACUGGUGUCUACCUGAGCACCAGGUCUGUGGGCGUCUCUAUCAUCGUGUGGUGCCUCUCCGGGAUCUUUUCCACGUUGGGGGCCCUGUGCUACGCCGAAUUGGGCACUUCCAUCACCAGGUCCGGUGGGGACUAUGCCUACAUCUACGUCGCUUUCGGGCCUUUAGCCGCAUUUUUGCGCCUCUGGAUUGCUUUACUGAUUAUUCGGCCUACGACGCAGGCUAUUGUGGCUCUCACCUUCGCCCAGUAUGCCGCAAAGCCCUUUUUCGACGAUUGUCAACCCCCGGAUAAUGCCGUCAGGUUUUUGGCGGCGGCGUGUUUGU